AUGAUUACAUCGGAAGUCAAAUCGACGCAACUAUCUAACAAAGAUGAUAUGAUUGCUGAUGAACCUGAUAAUGCAGAUGCUACAGCUUUACCCAAUAAAUGUACCUAUAUUGAUGUAAUUCCAAAUGGGCAAUAUGAUAAUCAAAAGUUAUCAAGUUAUUUUUAUACAUACAAUGUAAAAUCGUUAGACAAAUAA